AUGAAGUUUAUAGCUGCCGCAAACUCGACGCUCAAAUCGUUUCUUCUCUUUCUUAGGCCCUCAGCGUACACCGUGCUUAAUAAAGGAGAAGCCGGCGCCGUGGCAGUUCUCCUGGAGACCACACUGGGCGACGUGAUUAUCGACUUGUACACCGAGGAGCUGCCGCGCGCAUGCUUGAAUUUUCUGAAGUUGUGCAAAACAAAAUAUUACAAUUAUUGCCUUAUUCACAAUGUACAGAGGGAUUUUAUCAUACAAACAGGAGAUCCUACAGGGACUGGCCGUGGAGGAGAGUCUAUAUUUGGACAACUGUAUGGUGAUCAAGCAAGCUUUUUUGAGGCAGAAAUAGUGCCGCGGAUUAAGCACAAGAAGAAAGGCACUGUGUCCAUGGUGAACAAUGGCAGUGAUCAACAUGGAUCUCAGUUUCUUAUUACUACAGGAGAAAAUCUAGAUUACCUUGAUGGCGUUCAUACAGUGUUUGGGGAGGUGACAGAAGGCAUGGACAUAGUUAAGAAAAUCAAUGAGACCUUUGUCGACAAGGAUUUUGUACCAUUUCAAGAUAUCAGGAUAAAUCAUACUGUGAUUUUAGAUGAUCCGUUUGAUGACCCUCCCGAUUUAUUAAUUCCUGAUCGAUCACCAGAACCUACAAGGGAACAAUUAGAUAGUGGUCGAAUAGCAGCAGAUGAAGAAACUGAUGACUUCAAAGGAAGAUCAGCUGAAGACGUAGAAGAAAUAAAGGCAGAAAAAGAGGCUAAAACUCAAGCUAUUCUUCUAGAGAUGGUGGGAGACUUACCUGAUGCAGAUAUUAAGCCUCCAGAAAAUGUUUUGUUUGUGUGUAAAUUGAAUCCAGUGACCACAGAUGAGGACCUGGAGAUAAUAUUCUCGAGAUUUGGGCCAAUAAGAAGUUGUGAAGUUAUCCGAGACUGGAAAACAGGAGAAUCCCUCUGUUAUGCUUUUGUUGAAUUUGAAAAGGAAGAAGACCGUGAGAAAGCAUUCUUCAAAAUGGACAAUGUACUUAUAGACUCCAGGAGAAUACAUGUGGAUUUUAGCCAGUCUGUGGCAAAGGUUAAAUGGAAAGAAGGUGGGGAAUACACCAAGAGGGAUUUCCGAUAUGAGAAGGAACAGGAUAAACCAUCCAAUUUGGUUUUGAAAGAAAAAGUAAAGCCCAAACAGGAUGCAAAAUAUGAUCUUAUACUAAAUGAGCAGGCAGAAGACUCAAAGUCAAGUCACUCACACACCAGUAAAAAACACAAAAAGAAAACCCGUCCCUGCUCUGAAGAAAAGGAAGAUGAAGAAUAUAUGCCAAUCAAAAAUCCUAAUCAGGAUAUCUACAGGGAAAUGGGCUUUGGCCAUUAUGAAGAUGAAGAAAGCUGUUGGGAGAGACAGAAAAGUGAAAAGAGAGACCGACGUCAGAACCGCAGUCGUAGCCCAUCUCGAGAAAGGGAUGGUCACUAUAGCAACAGCCACAAACCCAAGUACCAGACAGAUCCUUCUGAAAGGGAAAGGAGUAGAAAGAAAGACCGAAGCAGAAGUCCAAUGAAAUCCAAAGACAAAGAAAGAUCUAAGUACAGACGAGUGGGGAAGAAGAGGAAGUGAGUGGCUAGCCCAUCUGCUCCUGCCUG